AUGUCUCACGUCCCACCAACCGAGUCCAUUCCCAAACCAGAGGAACCUAAAGAACCAGCCCCUGCACCUCAGUUCCAGCAAGUCCCUCCACCAAAUUACUACCAAUUUCCACCUCAAGGUUACUACCCACUACAAGGCUUCCCGAACUACCCUCCUCCUCAGCCUAUGCCUGACUUCCCCAACCCUUGGAUGUUCCAGCAAGCUCCACCCCAGCAAUUCCAAUCUCAAUCCAAAUCGAAGAGAGACCAAGAGUUCGAAGAAGGUCUGAACCGCUUACGCAAAGAUUAUGCUACUGCCCCUAUUGAGAGAAAGUUGUUCCCGGACCAAAAAAUAUAA